AUGGACACCAACACAGCCUAUUACGAAAAGCACAUGAAGAGCCGUUUGACGUCCAUUCCCGAGAGGUGCUUAGGUCUUGAGCAUCAGACCCGUGACAUCACCAACACAGAGGACGUGACCCUGACCCUGACGGCCCAUCCUCUGCCACGCGCUGCCAGUGAAAGGUUUCGGGGAAAAUCGGACGAGAACGAGGGAAGCGGCCACACGCUAGAGAACCGGGUUCAGGUUGUAGAUUCUGCUCAUCUUCCGGUCCACACUCCAACAGUAAAGAGAAAGGAAUAUCACAGUAGCAUCCGCCUUCCAACUAAGAGUAAGAGCCACCGGUUUUUCCUCAUGUCCUUCACGGCCCCCACCAAGUGUCACCAGUGCACAUCUCUGAUGGUGGGUUUGAUAAGACAAGGCUGUGCCUGUGACGCAUGUGGGUUCUCAUGUCACACAAGCUGUGUAGAAAAGGCUCCCAGAGCUUGUCCAGUGCCUUCUCAGCAGAAGAAAGGUGCCCUCUGUCUAGACGCACCGGCAGGCAUGGGAACAGCCUAUGAAGGCCGUGUCUGGAUCCCAAAGAAGGCAGAGGCGAGGAAGGGAUGGCAGAGAGCCCUGGCUGUCAUCUGUGACUUCAAGCUCUUCCUGUACAACAUGGAUGAAGAAAAAGACUCCAAACCCAACGUUGUCGUGAGUCAAGUGAUUGACAUGAGGUAA